AUGUUCCCAACUUGCAACUGCAGCACUUCCUCUCUCCCAGCCAGAGCAACAAGUCUUGAGCGAACUCUCAGCCAAGCCCGUCACUACGUCGGUACCAUCGAGAAGGAUCCCGAGGGUGGCCAUUCAUUUGUGAGGAAAAAAAACAGCACGGUGCGCUUCGUGGUACAAUGGCUGGACGCGCCCGAAGAGAGCACCAAGUAUCCGUCCAUUGACGAUAUUGAGAGGGCAAACUACAGCGCCGUGACUCUGGGGAAUCUGGAGACUUGGAGCGUACCGCCCAUGACAUACGGGGAAAAGCCCGAAGCUCACCCAGAUAACCACCCAGUGGUCUCCGCUUUCCAAGCCAACUUUGUGCGCGGCGGCCUCGUCCUCAAUAUGCACCAUCACCAUUACGCCAACGACGUAAUGGGAUGGUCCGGCUUUACGCAUCAACUAGCCGAGAACUGCAGAGCUGCCCUCACAAACACGGCUUUUCCCACAUGGGACCUGGCCUGCCUGGAUCUUUCACGCCUUACCAAGAAGGAGAUGGCCGACGAGGUUAAAGUGGAUGGCCCACCUCAAGCUGAACGCCACCCCGGCCACAAGGUCGCCCAAUUGCUGCUCUUUCACCUGCCCAAGAGCAAGGCCGCCCAACUCAAGACACUGGCAUCACCCACCGACGGCUCGUGGAUUUCAACGUAUGACGCUUUCUCGGCCUUCAUAUGGCGUACGCUGACACGGCUGCGCACCCCUGUCUUCAAACCGAACCCCUCGUCUCACAUCUUCUGGGCUGAGGCAGUCGACAUGCGUCGUCGCAUGCAUAGCCCUAAGGUGCACCCCCGCAUCCAGCACAACGUCAUGUUUGCGGCCCUGUCAUCGACGGCACCUGUCCAGCAACUUACUAUCGACGAGAUUCUUCACGCGCCGCUGUCGACACUCGCCUUAUACAUCCGACGUAUGACCAGCAGCGUUACGCAGGAAAAUCUGGACAAGACGCUCGACAUGGUGGCCAUGGUGCGUGACAAGACAAGCCUCAACAUACGCAUCGAUUCGCACCCACCUAUGUCCAUCCUGCAGACGGACCACCGCGACGCCAACAUUGUCUCGGCCGACUUCGGCUUCGCCACCCCUUUAACGUACCGUCACCUACUCGAUCGCGUAACUGAGGGUGUGAUCAUCAUCUAUCCAACCCGGGAUAACAACCCAGGCUCGGACGAGGGCCCCGAGUUUUCGAUGGCCUAUGAGAAACACCUAGCCGAUGACCUCAUUAACGAUACCGAGUUCAGGAUGUAUUUUGAGUACAGGGGCGUUGAUGCCGAGGAUGCUAGAAUGCCUAGUAGGUGCUGCUCAUGA